AUGGGAAGACAAAAAGAAAAGUUUUGGCAACAUGCUGAGCAACUUGAUAGUUCACAUUUCAAAUGCAAAUUUUGUGAAAAACAAGUUUUUGGAGGGGUCACUCGACUCAAGUAUCAUUUAGCUAAGGUUAGUGGUCAUGAUGUUGCCUCUUGUGAAAAAGUAUCAGAUGAUGUCCAAGCAGAAGUUCUUCUUGCUAUUAAUUCUGAAUCAAGUAGUAAAAAGCGGAAGAGUUAUACCAGUGAUGCUUUCAUCAAUUUUGUGAAGUGCACAGCUCAUUAUGGUCCUAGUGUUCCUAUUCCAAGUUAUGGAACCCUUCGUGGAAGAAUAAUUCCUGAAGCAAGAAAGGACCUUGAAAAAUAUGCUGAAAAAGUAAAAUUUUCUUGGAAGCAAACUGGUUGCAUAUUCAUGUCUGAUUCAUGGACUGACUUGAAGAAGCGGUCUUUUCUUAAUGUGAUUGCUUAUUCCCCGGGUGGUGCUCUCUUUUUGAAGUCAGAGGAGUGUUCUCAUGCUAGAUUGACUGCUUCUUAUAUAUUUGAUAUUCUUGACAGAGAGAUUCAAAGUAUUGGCCCAUAUUUAGUGGUUCAUCUAAUUUCAGACAAUGCAUCCAAUUAUUCAAGUGCACUUGAUAUGCUUACUGAAAAGUAUCGUUGGUUGUUUAAGACUCGAUGUCCAGCCCAUGGUAUCAAUCUAAUGUUGAAGGAUAUCUAUGAAAAGGUUUUUUGGGUUCAAGAGAUUUUUGAUGAGGCGAAAAGAAUUAUUGACUACUUGUACAAGUCAAUAAUUGUCUUAUGGUUGAUGAGGAGUUUCACAAACAAGGAUCUAAAAUAUCCUUGCAAAACUAGAUUUGCUUUAAACUUUUUAAUGCUUCAAUCAAUUGUUGAAGUGGAAGAGAAGCUUAGACUCCUAGUUGCAUCAGCUAAGUGGAGGAGUCUAAGAAAUUCGAGAUCUUUUGAAGCAAAUCGAGUAGUGAACACGAUUCAAAGGGAGUCAUUUUGGAAUGAUUCAAAAGAGAUUUUGAGAUUUAUGGAACCAAUCAUUCGAGUUCUCCGUUUGGUUGAUAGUGAUGGGGCUACAUCAGGGUAUUUGUAUGAAGCAAUAGAAAGAACAAGAGAGGUAUUGGAGAAGCUUUAUGAGGAAGACCACCGUGAAAGAUUCAAAAAGAUUCCUCAAAUGAAAGAUGCAACAGAUUUCAUUGGUGAGAUAGUGGUUCCACAAGAUGAGAGGAGAGAAUAUUAUGGACAGCUGGCAAGCAUUGAGGACGUUGAUAAAGAGCUAGAGAGAUUGUUGGAUGAUGUGGAUGAUAGCAUUGCUGAAGACUUGCUAUUUGGUGCAAGUGCUAGUUUUACUAAGAACGAGACUCGACCCCCAUAUAGUGUAUAA